AAAAACAGAAAAAUAUGAACAAAAGUUUUUUAAAUUUUUUAUGUGGCAAGUUGAUCGAUAAUUCGAUAUUCGAUAGUUAGUUACGUGGCCCCGCCCCUUUCUACAGUUGUGAUCCGAGAAGCAGACAACUGUGUCGUUUCUCCUGUCAACAAUAUAGGAAAUCAAAUGAAACGAGAACGUCUAAUCAGCGAGAUUUGUGUUCGAAAUUUGCAUCUCAUUCAUGUUUCCUUGUUCAAGCUGACCUCUUAAUCUUAACAUCUGAGACUAGGAAAACAGUCAUGAAAACAACCUGUUGCUCCAUUGAAAGCGCCGGUAGUUUCAUGCGAGUUGCUACGGUCAAGCCAUAGAUCAAUCAACAAAGGGUUACAAACAUCCAUGAAUUUACUUGGAAAAAUAUGGAGGCUCAGGCGGAAAUUCACUACAUCACCAGUCAAGUCGAUUUUUCUGGCAACUUGCUGGCUGGUCAUGAUUAUCUGUUCGACAGUCAGCCUAAACUACAUGGGUGUAUUCACCCAUUUCCUAGAGAAAGAUUACUACACAGAGUUUUCAUACCCCCUGCACGUCGAUCUUCAACCUCUGGUCAAGGAUCUGGCCGUGGGAAAUGUGCCAGCAGUCAAGCCUAUUAAUACGUUCAACUACACCUACCUGAAAUUGUGUGCGGACAAGUGUGCCAACAACCCGAAACUUUUGCUUGUCGUCAAAUCAGCCCUGACUCAUUUUGAGCAACGCCAAGCCAUCAGAGAAACAUGGGGUGAUGAAAUGCAAUUCUCAACUAUUUUGAUCCGCCGUGUCUUCUUAUUGGGCACCGGAUUCGACCCUGAAAUCCAAAGGAAAGUAGAUGAAGAGGAUGAGAUGUUUAACGACAUUGUGCAGGCCGAUUUCGUAGAUGAUUAUCACAACAACACGUUGAAGACCAUGUCGGGAUUCAAAUGGGCGGUGGAACAUUGUUCACCUGUGCAGUUUGUGGCUUUCUCAGACGACGACAUGUACGUUUCCACCAAAAACCUGCUGCGAUUCGUCCGCAAUCCGUCGACUUACCCGGAAGAAGAAGAACAACUACCUCGCAUUGUUCAAGGUAUCGAGCACAGGGAACGAUCUCUCAAGCAGGAAAUCGUGUUGGCUACCCAGGGAGAAGAGUUCAACCAAGCCAGUAAUCUCAAUGGAAAUUUGAAAUUGUAUGCAGGGUACGUUUUCCAUUCUCCGCCGCAGCGACACCUGCCAAGCAAAUGGUUUGUCUCAUUAGAAGAGUACCCGUAUCACUUGUGGCCGCCAUAUGUCACGGCCGGCGCUUAUGUUGUAUCUCGUGAAGCCUUAUUGGACUUGUAUUACGCCAGUUUCUACACCAAGUAUUUCCGAUUCGACGAUAUCUUCUUGGCACUCGUUGCGCUCAAAGUCAACAUUGAACCUGUCCACUGUUCGGACUUUUACUUUUGGAAGAAGGGCUACUCACUAUUUGGCUACCAAAACGUCAUCGCCUCUCACGGCUACGGCGAUCCCGAUGAACUGCGAAGUGUCUGGAAUGAACAGAAACUUGCUGGUUACGCCUGAUAAAUUAUUGUUUGUUGUAGAUUUAAUUUUGUUUCAUUUGUAAGUCUCAUCGUGAAUAUUUCCUAUCGAGACGUUAGAAGACAUUCCCACUCUUUUUUAAAAAAAUAUCCAACUCAUAUGUUGAUUUGAUUUAUUGCAAUCAUGAAAUCCUUAAUUAAAAAGUGUGUAAAUACUAUCAUGAAUUACUGAAUAGAAAUAUUGUUCUUUUCGA